AUGGCACCAAAACCAAAAUUUGUGUUAGUAGGUUCUGGUAUGAUAGGAGGAGUUAUGGCUACAUUAAUUGUUCAAAAGAACUUGGGAGAUGUUGUUCUUUUUGAUAUUGUGAAAAAUAUGCCUCAAGGAAAAGCAUUAGACACUUCACAUACAAAUGUCAUGGCAUACUCAAAUUGCAAAGUUACAGGAUCAAAUUCUUAUGAUGAUUUAAAAGGUGCUGAUGUAGUAAUUGUUACAGCUGGAUUUACAAAAGCACCUGGAAAAAGUGAUAAAGAGUGGAAUAGAGAUGAUUUAUUACCUUUAAAUAAUAAAAUUAUGAUUGAAAUAGGUGGUCACAUUAAAAAAAAUUGCCCUAAUGCAUUUAUUAUCGUUGUUACAAAUCCAGUUGAUGUGAUGGUUCAAUUAUUAUAUCAACAUUCAGGAGUACCAAAGAAUAAAAUUAUAGGAUUAGGGGGUGUAUUAGAUACAUCAAGAUUAAAGUAUUAUAUAUCUCAAAAAUUAAACGUUUGCCCAAGAGAUGUAAAUGCUCUUAUUGUUGGUGCUCAUGGAAAUAAAAUGGUUCCUCUAUUAAGAUAUAUAACUGUUGGUGGUGUUCCAUUACAAGAAUUUAUUGAUAAUAAAAAAAUAAGUAAAGAGGAAAUUGAUACAAUAUUCGAUAGAACUAUUAACACAGCUUUAGAAAUUGUUAACUUGUAUGCUUCUCCAUUUGUUGCUCCAGCUGCUGCAAUUAUUGAAAUGGCGGAAUCUUAUGUCCGUGAUUUGAAGAAAGUUUUAGUUUGUUCUACUUUAUUAGAAGGACAAUAUGGUCAUACUGAUAUUUUUGGUGGUACUCCUAUCGUAUUAGGAGCAAACGGUGUUGAACAAGUUAUUGAAUUACAAUUAACCAAAGAUGAAAAAAAGAAAUUUGAUGAGGCUAUUGCUGAAACGAGAAGAAUGAAAGCUUUAGCUUAA